AUGGCGGCGGCGCGGCGGGUGCAGCUGCGGGCGCUGCUGCUGCUGCUGCUGCUGCUGCUGCUCGGCGCGGCGGGGCCCGGCGCUCGGGCCGCGCGGAGCCGCGGGGCCGACCGCCAGAACAGCCUCCGCCGCGCCGCCAGCGGCCUCUACCAGGGCGUCAGCGGCCUCUUCGGCGAGGACAACGUGCGGGCCCUGCAGAAGUUUUUCUCAAGGUUGACAGAGAGGUUUGUGAAUGGGGUGGAUGUAUUAAUGGACACAUUCUGGAGAAUAUGGACUGAUUUGUUAGAUGUUCUUGGAAUUGAUGCCUCCAACCUGACUCAUUAUUUCAGCCCGGCAGCGAUUGCCAACAACCCGACCCGCGCCCUCCUGCUGAUCGGUGCCAUUCUACUGGCCUACUGGUUUUUAUCUCUCUUCCUUGGAUUCUUCUUCUAUCUCCUGCACAUGCUGUUUGGCCGCUUCUUCUGGAUCGCCAGGGUGGCCCUGUUCACCCUGUCCUGUGUGUACAUCCUGCAGAAGUACGAGGGCGACCCGGAGCACGCCGUGCUGCCCCUCUGCUUCGUCGUAGCCGUCUACUUCAUGACGGGGCCGGUUGGGUUUUACUGGAGAAGAAACAGCAACAGCAGCCUGGAGGAGAAGAUGGACCACCUGGAUAGUCAGAUCAGACUGCUGAACAUCCGCCUUUCCAGGGUGAUCGAGAACCUGGACAGGGGCAGCGAGCAGUGAACCCGCCCCUACUCACCACUCUACACCAGCUCUGGAAAAAUCCUAAGCACUGUCUCAUCCGAAGUUACAAAGCAACAAAACAUCACAUGGUAAAAAGUGUGCGAAGUUAUAACUUUCCAUCGUGUCUAAGACUUAAUUUGUCUAGGUUAAACACUCAGCCGUUAGACUUCUAGGAGAAAGGAAAAAACAUUUACAAAAUUCAGCUGUAUAUUCAGAGUUUUAUCCAGUACUAGAAUUUUCUCAGUAGAUAAACGCUUACUUUUACAAGCAUUUAAAAGCAUCUUUUGUAAAGUUUUUAUAAAAGCAAAUUGAGUAGUCUUUCAGAUAUUGAAAUUGAGUUAAACAUAUGCAAAUUUGACACUUUAACAGUUAAAAAGAAAAAAAAAAAAUCUCAAGCUACCAAGCACUUCCAUUGAGAAGUAACUGCUGUGGGUCCAUAUUUUUUCUUCAGAGUUGUGAAUGUUUUUCUGUUUUUGUUGGCUUAUUCCAUUGCCUUGAAGUUGCCUUUCAUAGAGUAUCAGAUGAGGAAUUUUCUGGUAUCCAGGCCAAAAAAUUCACACCAUAGCUUUUAACAGGAGGUGGGGAAUGAGGGAGAAGGAAGAUCUGAAGUCCUUAAAUGCCAGUCCAAUGUGAGGAAGCACACGUGUGGCAUUUUAUCAUUGCAUUUCAUCCCGAGAACUUUAAUUUGUUAGUGUCUGGAAGGAAAUCUGCUUUAAUAAAUUGGCACAGAAGGAAGAUGUAGCGCGACAAAUUGUAAUUCAUAUUCGAUCUGCACAGUGAAGCAUUGGCCAAGCUUAAGUACAUAGACUAAAACAUGGCUUUUAAUCUCAGGACCCACUCUCAGAACCUUCUCAGAAAAGGCAGCAGAUGAAACACGUGCAAAUGUAUUGUUGCUUAAAGCUUUCUCAGGACCAAUCAGCGGCAAUAAAUUACCUUCAGGAAGAUCUGGAUUUUUUUCUAAAAUUACAAUAGUUUUAUAGGAGCUUUUUGCUUGAAGUCUAUGUCCUCAUUAGGUUUUGGGAAAAGCGAGUCACCUUUAAGAGGAGGGUGCAGGAAACGGUUCUCUUUCAAAGCCGUGGAGCUUUGGAGCAAUUUUAUUUUGCAGAGUUUCUGUAUUUCUUAGAGCUAACGAGCUUGGUAGGGCAUCACUGGCUGUGCUGGUUUACUGAAACAAAGGUAACCUCAGGGAAGGAAGUCUGGAAUGUGGUUUCACCUGGAAGCAGCAGCAUCCAAGGACACAGACGUGAGGAGGGAAGGGAAGCACCUACCCCUAGUGAUGAGCACAGUUCUGAUACCACGAGGGGUAGGAUGGAGCACAGCUGGAGCAUUCCAUAUUCCAUAGGGUCCAAACGAACAACUACAUCAAAAAGCGCAACAAAAAUUGGUCUGGGAUGGGGCCUGGCCACAAAGCAAGGGAGUGAGGAGGAGGAGGAGGUUCCCCAGGUGUGCCUGCCAGUGCCAGCUCUGGUGGGACAGGCUGGGGCAGCUGAGCACAGCUUGUUCUUCCACUGGGCAAAGCUUCUGGAUGUGAUGCUUAACUGAAUGUAACUGUGGGGCGAAUUUAUUUUUCUCUUUGUGCUGGAGUUUAAUGUUCUUGAAAUAUGUGUAUUACUUGCCUAACCUCUUUGGGUCUGUGUGUGGCAUUUCCAUGGGGGUUAUUUUUAAAUCCAUGUUAAUGGCCUUUACUCCUGGUGAUCACUUCGGUUCAACACGGUUGAAGUUCAUAUGCACUUGGCACGGUUGGAAUGCAUUUUAAUUUUUUAUGUCACCUGUAAAUCCCCCUGCACCCCAUUUAUUAACAAGUACAUGGUUUAGAGUUGUUAAAUAACUGGUUAUCACAACUUAAAAUCUUUCCUGUGAUCAGAUAGGGACUAUGGCAACAAAUAGUCCAUUUUGUCAAGCUGAAAAUGUAAAUUACAGUAAAUUCCUUUUUUCAGCUCAUUUUCCAUAUUAUUACAGAGUCUUCCCUGUAGACUCAGUUCUCCCUACUGUUGUGCACAGAGGACUGGGCUGAAAUGCCAACCUGGAAAUUAGGAGUUGACUAGUAAAGCUUGUCAGGUCUUGAUGUGUUUUGCCAAAUUUGAGACCUGAGGACCAAAGUUUGCAAACCAUGCUCAUGUGAGUGGCUCCAUCGCCUUCUUGGGACAAUGUGCAUGGGUCAGUUUGCAUAGAUUGUAUUUUGUGUAAUCCAUAUUUAACGUUAAAGUUAAAAAUACUGAACAUUUAUAUAUUGAGAGUUGUCUAUGAUAAAGAUUUCUUUGAAAGUAUUAUAUAAAUGUUAAUUUGGAUUAUAGUUUCUCCCUGUCUCACUCUAAUAAUUUAUCUUAGUUUUGUAAAAUCAGCCCUCCUAUAUUGAUAUUCUUUAUUUCGAUCACCCUGCUGCUUGAAAAAUGGUAUUUUUAUAUUUACUUGCAUCCCAUGUAUAGCAAAAUGUUAUGUGAAAAGCAGUAUAUAUAAAAUUGGGUAUUUUUAAUCAGUAUUUUUCCCAGCACUCAGUUUUCACAUUAGUCAAAUUCAGAAGUAACGAUUUUUUUAAAGCACAAUCUAAUCUUCAAUAUAUAUAUACAUAUAUAUAAAUAUAUAUACUUUAAAAAUGCUCUGUAUUUUUAAACAUGCACUGUAGUGAAAGCGCUUUUGGGGACAUGAAUGUGGUAUUGUAUUUAAUCUCUUUCAACUUUUGUAAAUACCUUUUACAAGUGUUUUCCAUACUGGGCCAUCUAGUUUAUCCAUGGAGGUUUUUGCUGUUUUUUAGAAACCCGUGCCAGUGGCUGCACUGCUUUUGUAUCCCACAGAGCAUCUCAGAGACUGGCAGGGCUCUGUGUCACCUGUGGGCAAACCGAGCCUGGCAGGUAACACCUGCAGGGGUGGCACGGGACAGCCCUCAGCAGUGACACCUGUCCUAGGUGAGGAUGGCACUGAACAACCCUCAGCAGUGACACCUGUCCUAGGUGAGGAUGGCACGGGACAACCCUCAGCAGUGACACCUGUCCUAGGUGAGGAUGGCAUGGGACAACCCUCAGCAGUGACACCUGUCCCAGGGCAGGGAUGGCACUGGACAACCCUCAGCAGUGACACCUGUCCUAGGUGAGGAUGGCAUGGGACAACCCUCAGCAGUGACACCUGUCCUAGGUGAGGAUGGCACGGGACAACCCUCAGCAGUGACACCUGUCCUAGGUGAGGAUGGCAUGGGACAACCCUCAGCAGUGACACCUGUCCCAUGGCAGGGAUGGCACGGGACAACCCUCAGCAAUGACACCUGUCCCAGGGCAGGGAUGGCACUGGACAACCCUCAGCAGUGACACCUGUCCCAUGGCAGGGAUGGCACUGGACAACCCUGGUAGCUUCAGCUUUUUGCCGUGACUUCAUGGAGCUCUGCCACAGCCACGCCCGCGGUGCCCUGCUGGGAGCUGCUGCUGGGGCACAGGUGACACAGGGACAGCCUCACCUGGCUGCUCCUGCAGGACACAUCCUGCUCCUGGACCUUCCUGCGGCUGCUGGAGAACCCAUCCCUGUGUGAGCAGCUGGCACAAGCCCCAAGGAUGGGCUCUGGCUGCCCGGGAUCGGGAACUCGAUGGCGUUCUGAGGGUUUUCACCUGCCUGCUCUGGGAGCCAGCCUCUGGAAUCCUGCAGUGCUCUUCCCAUUCCUGAGGAUUUUCACCUGCCUGCUCUGGGAGCCAGCCUCUGGAAUCCUGCAGUGCUCUUCCCAUUCCUGAGGAUUUUCACCUGCCUGCUUUAGGACCCAGCCUUUGGAAUCCUGCAGUGCUCUUCCAGCUCUGGGAGCCAGCCUUUGGAAUCCUGCAGUGCUCUUCCCAUUCCUGAGGGUUUUCACCUGCCUGCUUUAGGACCCAGCCUUUGGAAUCCUACAGUGCUCUUCCCAUUCCUGAGGGUUUUCACCUGCCUGCUUUAGGACCCAGCCUUUGGAAUCCUGCAGUGCUCUUCCUAUUCCUGAGGGUUUUCACCUGCCUGCUUUAGGACCCAGCCUCUGGGGUCCUGCCGUGCUCUUCCUGCCCUCGCAGGGCGGCUCCCCUGGACGCACACACCUGUAGAUACCCGAGUGUCCUGUGGAAUGUGACGCUUCCCCAGUGGUUUUGGGUGUCAGAGUGCAGUGUAAAACCUGGCGUGGCUCAGUGCUGUGCUUCUAGCGCCUCCUUCACUUCGUGGUUUGCUUCUCAAGACUCGUUGCAUCGUCGGUGUGGAAAAUAGACCAGUAUCAACCUUAGCUCUUCGGUGGUGUAGAAGUGUUUCAGUGUGGUUUGCCUCACAUACUGAUCCGUAUUUGGCAGCUAAUGGCGUUAAGUGACCAUGAGUUCUCUUUGUCUGGGUUGGAAAAUAAAAGGUUUUAUUGUAUCCGCAUGUAUUUUAAACUUUUUGGAUAAUUCCAUCGACCUGUGAUGACAGCACAUGUAAAAACCGAUCUUUUCCUUUUAUUCAGAAGUUAUAUUUGCUGUGGUAGCACUUGUUGUUGGCACUGAUGGUAGUGAUUUCACGUCCUGUUUUGUACAUCAGGUUUCAUGAUUACAGUGUUUAAGUUUGUACAAUUGUUCAUGUAAAAAUGAUUUGGUCUGAAGAGAUGCCGUGUGUUCACUUCUGAUCCUAGACACAUACGAGAUCCUACUGGUAAUACUGUUAAGUAGUUACAACUGUACCAGACUUAUUUUUUACAGAGCUUUACAUGCCUUUAUUUAUUCCUUUAUCGGACCAUCCAAACCAUGUACUCCGUAGUUCAGUAUUUGUAGACCAGUUUCACAAAUCAACUUAAGGUUAAUUGUGGCAAAGCUUCGAAUAAAUGUUUACUGAGACUUUGCA